AUGGAGUCUACUGGGGAUCUCAGCAUAGGAGACUUUUACAAUUACGACCCUAAGCUGAUGUCAAUAGGAGUUACUUCAGAACGCUAUACAGACAACAAUGUAGUUGAGUACAAAGUUGAGCUUCAAUUUGCGAACGUUGAGCAUAUUGUAUAUCGCAGAUACAAUCAGUUCAAAUCUUUUCACAGCCUUCUUAAGUCAGCCUUUCCUAGACUAGAUCUUCCAGCUUUUCCUUCAAAAUUCACAAUGAUCAACAAAACAGAACAAAGAAAGCGAGAUUUUCACAAUUAUAUGAAUGGAAUAUUUACACUUAAAUUUAGCUUCUUUUAGUCUAAAAGUAGCUUUUUUAAGCUAAAAUAUUUACUUUGGAUUUCCUCUAGGCAUGCUCCGCAUGCCCUAUAAAUUAAUUAAGAAAAAUGGAAUAAUCGUAUUAUGUGCAAAAUUCCCUCCAAUGGCAAAAACUUCCCUCAUGAAAAUUGUAGGAGAGUUCCUUGACAUAAAUGGGCAAGAAAAGAAAACUGAAGAAAGAGUGAAAAGUAGCAAAGACAACAUAGUGGAAUCUGCACAAAUAUUCCCAAGCACAGGACAUUAUACAGGCGAUAUUGACGUGAUUAUUACAGAAGAGGACUGGAUUACUUAUUAUGGCUCUAUAAUCAGAAACGACCUUUAUCUUUUCCCCAAAGAUAAGCCUGGAAGCUAUUUUACCACAGUUAUCAGCUGUUCUGGGGCUGUCAUCAGAGAAAACGAGACUUUAAAUGUACUGGAAAUCCACCAUUCUCAUCAGAGUAAGCCAAUAUUAUUAAGACCGUCACCUAAGGACUAUUCUGAAUGAAAAAACCAUUUGUUUAUUAUGGCAUCGGCUAAUCAAGAUUCACCUUUGACAUCACAGAAAAUCACAGUUGCAGGAAGACUUAUGGUGAAGGUAUGGAGUGGCCAAAAUAUUAGGGUUAAUAAGCCUGCUUCAAGCUUAGUCAAGUCGCAUGUAUUUGUGAGGCUUUCGCUGAACCCUUUUUCAUUUACAACAUCUAUAUUGCCACAAGGAGAUUUGGUGGAUUGGGGACAGACGUUUAUAAUGCCAAUUGUGAAUCGUUUUUUUGUAUUAAAAAUCGAAAUUUGUUCGUUUUCAUCAGAAGGCUGGCUUAAGCAGCAUGCUAAAGAAGACCUUAUUGAAGAGUUUAAUAUUCCUCUAAUUGAUAUAAAUCAAUAUCCCUACACAAAUGGCCCAAUUACUUUAUAUUUCAAAAUGCAAGACCCAAAAAAGAAAAAAGCCUCUAUAAGUGAAGACAUGCCAGCUUAUAUUAAUGUUGACAUUAUCCACCAAGCUGAUUUUCUUUGCAAUUUUUUACCUGUGCCACCACAUUUUAUAGAAGAUGAGCCAACCCCUACAAAAGCGACUAUGAAACAAUUAAAAAUUGCUUCCAAAAGAUCUAAAAGAGUCAGAAUUCUUUAUACUCGAUCAUUAAAAAAAAUUUAUCAAAUGUUCUUAUGGAUUUACCCAAAAUUUUCUGCAGUCUGUAUGGCUUUAUACAUUAUUUUAGCACUCUUUUUGCCCGGUCAAUACGUUUUGCCAUUAAUUAUGUUGAUUUUUUUGAGUUUUAUUUUGAUUAAAAAUCCGAAACUCUCCCCAUACUCUAAAAAAUUUAUUGAUAUAGUUUUUUCAGAUUCCCAAAGAAUCUGCAAACCUCCAAAGAUCCAAACUAUUAAGGAGACAGAGUUUGACACAAAAAGUGAUGUAAGGAUUUUUGAAAUUGAAAUAAAAGAAGGAGUUAUGGAUAAAUGGAAUAAAUUUAAAAUUGACCUUGUGGAGCUACAAAUUUUAUUAAUGGAAAUCAGCUGUUUUUUAGAAAAAAUGAGAAAUUUAUUCUUAUGGGAAGAUCCUCAAAAGUCAUCAUAUUUUUGUAUAGGAGUUUUAAUGGUAGCUUUUGUGCUUUAUUGCAUACCGUUUAGAGCUUUAGUACUUCUUUUAGGAGUUCACCGAUUUUUAAAGGGAAAAAAAUUCACAAAAAGGCGUAUUGAGAAUAACACAAAGAUCUGUGAAGAAAUUUUGAAUUCUUUAUUGUCACAGUAUUUGAAUAAUUAUGAUUAUUACAAAAAUUAUAAGACUGUCAUAUGGCCAAUUGAAUUAGUCACGAAUGUGAAUUUACAAAAGAAGAUUGUGGAAGGGAUACGAUCUAGGCUGAGUUUAGAUGUAGAUAUCAAGAUUUUUGAGGAUUAUACAUCCCCAGAAGAAUUGGCAGAAGCUUUAAGCUCAGUGGAAAUAAUGCUGAAGAUGAGAGAUGCAAAAGGAAAUUUGAUAUAUGAUCCUAGUAAAUUUGAAAAGAAAAAUUUCAUUGCUGGAUUUUUAUCCAAUAUCCCAAGUGAAUAUUUCAGAUAUUACCACCCUAGAGUUACUGGAAUCGAAACAUGCAAUUAA